AAAUACAAUAGGAAUUGGCUUGAGUCGUCCAAUAGGAAUCGGAGUGCCUCGUAGACUUCAUAAUAUUCUAUUUUUACUUCGAGGCCUUAGUUUAGUUCCAGCCGGUUAUAGUUUUAUUUCCUUUAUCUAUGCUGCCAGCAAAGCACCUGCAGACAAUGUAUUGGAACUGAGUACCGAAUUGGAUUAUUGGCUUGGUGCUAUGUGGUGCCUUUUGGCCGGUCUUUGGAGUUAUUGGUUGGCAGAUGGACUUAUGCGUCGAUGGCUCUUUUAUUAUGAAAUCACCAGCGCAAUAAUACGCCUCAUUUCCUUGCAAGCAAUUAAUUGGGUUAUCACAGCUUUUGUAAUCUCAAAUUACGGACAUGAUGAACCAGUUUGGACUUGGGUUAUAUGUAGUAUUGUUUUAGCUAUUAGUAACGUUAUCCAAUGGCUAUUUACAUCAACCGCAAAGCACUAUAAGCCUGGUGAUCCUGAAGCAUCAAAAAUGACAUUGAGAGAAAUUUUGCGAUAUAUUAUACUUCCUUUAGCAAUUGCUUCAUUUAUUACUAUGAUGUGCCUCCUCCAUCAGCAAUCGAAAUUCCGACAUAGAGCCAUUACAAGUCCUGUCAACUACAAAUUGAACGCAAAUUUGUCACUUAGCGAAAUUAAUACUGACGCUGAAAUUAAAGUAAUAAUGGUAAUAUUGUCAUCCUGGACCGAGAGAGGUUAUUUUAAACGACAACAAUUUCGUGAUACAUCAAUAAAAUUAAUUCCUCAGAAUUCUAAUAAAGUUUCUAUCGCCUACCGUUUCAUUCUCGGUGUCCAACCUACUGCUAAAAUGCAGCAAAUUAUGGGGAAAAAAAUUUUAGCCGAAUCGGAAAAAUAUGGUGAUAUGGUCAUUGUGUCAUCAUCAGAUCUUUAUAAUGAUCUUAGUCACAAGGUUUAUAAGGGUUUCGAAUGGGCGAAUAAUCAUGAGUUUGAUUACCUGAUUAAAACAGAUGAUGAUAUGUUUAUACGUAUUGACACUGUCAUACGAGAAUUGGGUGAAUUGGGUCCCGGAAAAAAAUAUUAUUGGAAAGGGCUAGGAUAUUGGAAUAUUCCUCCGAUUCAAAACACUGCAAAUAAGAACUCUGAACUUGAGUACCCAUUGCCCAUGUUUCCACCUUUCACAGCCGGUGCACUUUAUAUUUUAUCCCGUGACAUUAUUUCACUAGUUGUUAUAGAUGCACCACGCCUUUUCACUAAAAAUGAAGAUCAAAAUUUGGGCAUAUGGCUCUUUCCUUAUAACAUUAAACCUAUUCAUGAUAAACGUAUUCAACAAGCAGAUGUGUGCGAAGAUGAUAUGAUUGCAAAACAUUUCAGUGAUUCUUAUGAACCUGACCGAAGUAUGAUUGAUAUGUAUGAAAACGUCAUCAAUAAUAGGCGUUUGUGUGAAGGAUUUAGGCAACAUUUUUGUGCUUUGUGUUAUCCAUGCGCUGGAAGAGCUAACCAUUGGAAAGAUUGGAAUUUUGAUUGUGACAAUGUAAAAGGUAUUACAUUACUCCACCAAACAAAUUUUUUAGUGGUUAAUCCAAAGGAAUCUUCAUUAGUAUUUGAUGAGUCAGUAGAUGCAAUAAUGGGAAGUAAAGAGGAUGAAUGGAUAAUACCUGGUGUUCUCUCUCAACACUCAUCAGUUUAUUCACAAACAGAUCAAUGGUAUUUACUACAUUGGAUGAUCUGGACAACAGAUCCAUCAACUUUUCAAGAACGGCAUUACAAAACGAUUGAACUCGUUUGGGUCCACACUCCGAAGGCAAUUAUUUUUGUUGUAACAAACACACUUCCAAACCAAUUUUUUGAUGAUUAUCAAAAGCAAGGUUACCAAAUUUAUGUAAUUAAUUUCGAUCAAAAAUCAUUACUAAAAAGACAAUGGUUUCUUGGUAUAAAUUCCAAAAACCGGAUAUUAGAUUGGAAAAAUUGGGAAGAAGCUCCAUAUUUCCCUUAUUAUCUUGCCGAUUAUAUGAGGUGUGUACUCCUAUAUAAAUAUGGUGGAAUGUAUAUGGAUAUGGACGCACUUUGGGUCCGUGCUCCACCAAAUACUCAGAUGGAAUUUAUUGGUUCAGACUUCUCUAGUAUGGCCGCAGAUCUUGAAUGGACAUUGGACACAAAUGGCACAUAUUUACCGAACGGAGUUAUGCGUUUCCGUAAAGGAUGGGCAAUGUUCCGAGAAUAUAUUGAAAAUGCACUUUCAGAACCUAUUCCGACUUCGUGUUUCAACUGCCUAGGUCCUCGUGCACUCACAAAAUAUGUAAAAAAAUAUCGAAAAGUGUUAGAAGAAAAUGGACUUACAAUACUUCCUAGUCAAAUCCUUUACCCUCGUGAUUACAUUCAGAUUGUUAACUUGCUAAACCAUGAUCCCAUUGCGAGUCGAGAAUUACAAAAAAUUGAAAAGGAAUCUUGGAGUAUUCAUUUAUAUGGCAAAUCGACAAAUUCUAAAUUGAUCGAGGAAGGUAGCGUUGUUGACUUGCUCAUAAAAAAAUUUUCACUAGAUAUACCACAUCCAUCGGCACCAUUGGUAAAAGAUGGAAACCCAGAUUCUAUAAAUCGUAAGCAAUCAUACUCAUUACGUUUAGAGGGUCCUAAAACAUAUCAAUAUGUUUCAACGGCCACAGCAGAAAAACUAACGCAAUAUUCAGGAUCAUUAAAUGGACAAUUUCAAGGUUUAAAUGUAAUUUUUGUACGAGGUGGUCCUUCUAAAAUUAAUAAAGCUACCAUUAAUGUUAGUGCACAGAACGGAAAGAUUUCAUUCAAUCUCCAGGGUGGGAAUUUGAGUAAAAUUUCUAUGACGAUUAAUCAACCAACCAUGAUGGAUAUCAAUAACUUGUUAAAUUCUUUAGUUUAUCGCCCAAGUGAUUAUGCGCAAAAAGCAGGUGGCAAAGAUACUAUCAACCUCGAGGUUUCAUGUGAUGAUCAAUAUGAUGCUUUGAAUAUUGAAGUUAUAAUAUUUGGUUCAGAUGAAUUGG